GGCCCCGCCCCGCCAUGGCGCCGGAGGAGAGAGCGGAUGCCGCGCGCCUGCUGCGGGGUUUCGAGCGCCGCUUCUUGGCGGCGCGCGCACUGCGCUCCUUCCCCUGGCAGAGCCUAGAAGAGAAACUAAGGGACUCUUCAGGCUCUGAGCUGCUGCUGGAUAUUUUGCAGAAGACUGUGAAGCACCCUCUGUGUGUGAAGCACCCACCAUCAGUGAAGUAUGUCCGGAGCUUUCUCUCCGAGCUCAUCAGAAAGCACGAGGCUGCCCACACAGAACCAUCGGAUGAGCUAUACCAGGCACUGGCGGAGGUCCUGACGGCUGAGGAGCCCACCCACUGCCACCGGAGCUAUCUGCUGCCUUCAGGUGACUCAGUCACCCUCUGCGAGAGCACCGCCAUCGUGUCCCAUGGGACCACUGGCCUGAUCACGUGGAACGCCGCACUCUACCUGGCUGAGUGGGCCGUGGAGAACCCAGCGGUGUUCGCUCACAGGACAGCCUUAGAGCUGGGCAGCGGGGCCGGCCUCACGGGCCUGGCCAUUUGCAAGGCAUGCCAGCCCAGUGCGUACGUCUUCAGCGACUGUCACAGCCGCGUCCUGGAGCAGCUGCGAGGGAACGUCCUUCUCAACGGCUUCUCGUUGGCGCCAGGCACAGAUGCCCGGGCGCAGCACCCGGGACCCCGUACCCCCAAGGCAGAGCGCCCCCGGGUGACGGUGGCCCAGCUGGACUGGGACACAGUGACGGCGCCGCAGCUCGCAGCCUUCCAGCCGGAUGUCGUCCUUGCCGCAGACGUGCUGUAUUGUCCUGAAACGGUCCUCUCCCUGGUCGGGGUCCUGCGGAAGCUCUCGGCCUGCCGGAAGGACCAGCGGGCUCCUGAUGCCUACAUUGCCUUCACCAUCCGCAACCCGGAGACAUGCCAGCUAUUCACCACGGAGCUGGGCCGGGCUGGGAUCCCGUGGGAAGAGGUGCCUCAUCACGACCAGAAACUGUUUCCCUACGAAGAGCACUCAGAGAUGGCAAUUCUGAAACUAACGCUGUAGUUUUUACAGAUGGUUCUGAAGGGCAACCUGAAAAUCAAAUCACUGUCCUGGAAAGAAUCUGAUAAAACUUCCACUGGACUUGAAUGUUCAAAAGAUGUUAAAUUCUGAAUCCGGAGCCAUAAAGUGUUCUAACAAAAUAUAAACUGCUGGAGUGUGUGGGUA